GCCGAGUUUAGAUGUUGUUGCUAUGCCGCGCGGGUAGUGCGCACCAAUUGCAUGGCGUGAGUUUACCCAAAUUCAAGGUAAUGCCACAUUAGAAGAGGAGUUCUGCUGGUCAUAAGGAUCGAGCGAUAUUCCAGUGGAUCUUUACACGAUACAGUGACUUGCACUGCAAACAUGAUUUCCCCGUGGGACCGACUUUACACCGUGAGCUGCUGCCUCUGCUGUCAUGUGCGGACAGGCACCAUUAUCCUCGGGAUUUGGUACAUGCUCAUCAAUGCAGUGGUGCUGCUCAUCCUCCUCUCGGCGCUCAGUGACCCGGAGCACUACCACAUCACCAGCGCCGAGCUGGCCAACGACCUCGACGUCAUGGACGACUCCCAUAUGUGCAUCGCCUCCGCCAUAUCCUUGCUCAUGAUUAUGAUCGCUGGCAUGGCCACCUAUGGAGCCUAUAAGCAACAUGCAGCUUGGAUCAUCCCUUUCUUUUGCUACCAAGUGUUUGACUUUGCGCUGAACACUUUAGUAGCAAUCAGCAUCAUUGUUUAUCCUAACACCAUCCAGGAUUACCUACAACAGCUGCCCAACACCUUCCCCUACAAAGAGGAGAUCAUGGGCAUGAACGUCUGCCUCGUGCUCAUCGUCCUCCUCUUCAUCGGCUGCAUCCUGGCUUUCAAGGCUUACCUUAUCGCCUGUGUCUGGAACUGCUACAGAUACGUUAGUGGGCAGGGCUCUACGGACAUCCUAGUCUAUGUCACCACCAAUGACACCACGGUGCUGUUGCCUAACUACGAUGACACCAUGGCUAUUCCAACGAAGCAGGACCCCCCUCCAUAUGUGUCUGCCUGAGCCGCGUCGACCUGCUGACUGUCUUCUCAGUCUCUAGAACAGGGGUGGGGAACCUUUUUCAUUCGAGGGGCCACUUCAAAUUGUUCCAAGGACCGUAAAAGUCCUCCGAGGGCCGUAUUAUGAACACAAACCAGGAUUCCCCCCUGCACUUUAGGCCUAUAUUGAAGAUAGUCACCUUUAAAACAGACCCUUCCUUCUCUAGGUCCCCUGAAUAUGACUUAAUUGUAUUGCAAAUGUAAUUUCAAAUUUUAAUUUACAAAAUAUGUCAUAUGUCAUGUGAAGCUGCAUAACAUUAAAAUUACACCGGGGGCCGGAUAAAACGGCUUCAAGGGCCGCAAAUGGCCCUCGAGACAUAGGUUCCCCAACCCUGCUCUAGAAGCUUGCUGUUUGCUCUCCAUUCCAUUCUAUUCCACCCACCACAGUUUGGGUCAACCGUCAAAAUCACUCAGUCAUCUUACUUACUCAUCUUCCAGAACCACAUAACCACCCCUCAGGCUGUUGUCUUUCCAUCACUGCUUUACUUAAAGUGUUUCAUUUCUUAAUCCGGGUUGGCUCCAACUUCCAUAACUGAAGCAUUUCAUUAUUAUUAUUAUUAUUAUUAUUAUUAUUAUUAUUAUUAUUAUUAGCCUAUUAUUAUAAUCAUCUGUUAACUCAAAGGAGAACUUACUGGUCACUUGUUCACCUCUCAACUCUAGCUCUUUUUUUCAGGCACAAAACAGCCGCUUCACCUCUUUAGCCCAUUGGGAAGUAGCCCUAUGAGUCUCUCUUCUGGAGAUGUUUGAUGUUUGAUAGUCCUGCCAGUGUGUUUUAUGCCUGUGUGGGUGAUAGUGGUAUUCAUACAGGGACUGAACUCUUGAUGCUCCUCAUGGUUUGUAAUGUUUGGGAGAAGGACAUGUUUUCACCACAUACAGCCGAACUAGUCUCGUGUCCAGUCUUGAGAAUUUCAGGCGAAUACUGUAGUCACUGUUUGUUUGUGAGUGUGAUACUUGUUUGUGCGUCUUGUUUGCUUUUUGUACAUUUUUCUACAAGUGAAUAUAUAGAGUAAUGUUAGUAUAUACGAAAAGAGUAUAUAUACGAAUAUAUACGUGACUAGAGGGUGACACAAAAGGAGGAGAACCAAAGAGUCCUGUGCUGAUGAUGAAGGAAAAGCUGAAUUGACACAGUAUUCCUCCUGCUUUGUCUGUUUCUGACUCCUCUGUUUCCAAAAUUGUGACACUUUUGCCUCUUUUCCACUGCCGGUUUUCUGGUAGGCCUACAGCUCGACACAACCCGACUCGGCCGUCACUUUUGGCACUUCGAUUGAGCUCAAUGCCCAAUCGGAAAGCAAAAAAUGGCGGCCGAGUCACCCUGUGUCAAGCUGUAGGCCUACCAGAAAACCAGCAGUGGAAUAAAGGCAUAAGUUAGACAAUCACCUUUGUUUUUUUUUUCAUUUCAAUAUAUAAAUGUGGUGCACUUUUCAAUCAAUGCCUGGAGACAUUGGGAUGCCUGAUGUUUGUGUUGUGUGAUAAUCCCAAAGACUUGCACUUUUACUACAAUCUUCGUUCACAUACUGUAGCGCCCUCUAUUCCCACACACAUACAAUUUACAUUAUGAUUUGUUUUUGGUGAAUGACAAAUGUGCAGUUAUUCUAAACUAAUACUUGUAUUAACAUAAUAUUAUUAUGGUAAUAGAGUAGUAGUAGUUAGCACUGAAUAUGUAUUACAUUACAGAGUAUUUUAUGCAGAGAUGGCUAUAGUUUACAGAGGGACUGCCAUACCGUUUGAUUGAACGACACCAUGAUAAUUAAUCAUAUGGGCAGUGACCCAUUUAUGCAGCUGACAGAGUCUCUAUCCAGAGACAUGACAAGUAUCGUUAUAAAUUAUUAAAAUGCCCAAAUAUAUGAAGGAUUCCAAACAGGCUCUUGUGUAGCACGUUGAUAAUAAUGAUUGGGUGUAUGACAGAUAAUCAAGCCCCGUAGUGAUUAAAUUUGCAUUUUGCAUUGCUAUAUGCAUUUAUAAACAUUUCAAAUAGUAUUUUGAUAUUUUUAUGAAUUGAUCUUAAUGACUGAAGAACAGAAUGAAAUGCUUUCGUUCUGCCUAUCUACAAAAAAUAAUGCAGUCAUAAUAGAUGGCCCAAUAAUGACCAUUACGUAAUGAGGAGGAAACAAGUCACGUGUUCUUCUGUGUGGCAUUUGCUUUAAACACAAGUGUGGGUAAACCAAGAGGUACAUACAUUUUUCUAACCAAUAUUAAAUGCUGUUUAUUUAGCAAUAAAAUGACAAAAUAAAGAGAGAAAAAAAUGUG